GCAUAUCCACAUUGGACAGCCGCUGAUCAAAUGACAUCAAUUUAUCAAUUUUCUCAAUAACUGUCAAUUUCAGAUUAAAAAUUACUGCAUUAUUUACAAAAUGCGGGCGAUUAUUCAGCGAGUGAGUAAAGCUAGUGUGACAGUGGAAGGAGAAGUUAUCAGCUCAAUAGGAAAAGGCCUAUGUGUACUGCUAGGUAUAUCAAGAGAUGACACAACUGGAGAGAUGGAAUACAUGGUUAGAAAAAUAUUAAAUUUGAGAGUCUUUGAUGACAAUGGAAAGAGGUGGAAGAAAAACGUUAUGGAUAAGGAAUAUGAAGUAUUGUGUAUCAGCCAGUUCACAUUAUAUAAUAUCUUAAAAGGAAACAAGUUGGAUUUUCAUUUAGCCAUGGGAGGUGAUGACAGCAAACAAUUCUAUGAAGAGUUUUUACAGCAGAUGAGAAAAUCAUAUAAACCUGAAGCUAUUAAAGAUGGAAUAUUUGGUGCUUACAUGCAAGUGGAUAUACAAAAUGAUGGUCCAGUAACAAUUAACCUUGAAGCACCCAUACAAAAGAAUCAUAAAAACCAACAGGACUCUGCAGACAAGUCCAGACAAGGAAAUGAUGAAGCUUCUGGGGGAGGAGAUUCUGAAGCACCAUGACUACAUUAAUUUACUUUAGAUUUUGUUGUAGAAAACAGUUUAAUUAGAAUAUAUUAAAAAAAACCAUUUGAAUAGAA